AUCAUCCCUGAUUGUGUAUCCACGAACACAUUUUAGGACGGACCGAGGAGCAGCAUCUGGGUUCAGCCGCUAGUGUUUUUCAGGUCAACAGACUCACCACAGGGGAAAAGUGACAGAAAUAAAAUGCCCAAAAAGAAAACCGGGGCACGUAAAAAGGCCGAGAGUCGCAAAGAGCGAGAGAAACAGAGUCGAGCUAACCGGGAGCAUGUGGAUGUGGCCAAACACCCCUGUAACUCCAACAUGGAAUGUGAGAAAUGCCAGAGAAAACAGAAGAACAGAGCUUUCUGCUAUUUCUGUAAUUCUGUGCAGAAGCUGCCCGUCUGCGCUCAGUGUGGUAAAACCAAGUGCAUGAAGUCCUCAGAUUGUGUCAUCAAGCAUCCGGGGAUCCACAGCACUGGGAUGGGCAUGGUGGGGGCCGUGUGUGACUUCUGUGAAGCCUGGGUAUGCCAUGGGAGGAAAUGUCUGAGCACUCACGCCUGUUCCUGUCCCCUGACUGAUGCAGACUGUAUCGAGUGUGAGCGCGGAGUGUGGGAUCAUGGAGGUCGAAUAUUCCGGUGUUCCUUCUGUCAAAACUUCUUAUGUGAGGAUGAUCAGUUUGAGCACCAAGCGAGCUGCCAAGUUCUUCAAGCAGAAACAUACAAAUGUGUCUCGUGCAACAGACUGGGACAACACUCCUGCCUGCGCUGCAAGGCUUGUUACUGCGAUGACCACGCCAAGAGUAAGGUUUUCAAACAGGAAAAAGGCAAAGCACCGCCGUGUCCAAAGUGUGGCCAUGAGACCCAAGAGACCAAAGACCUCAGCAUGUCCACUCGCACCUUGAAGUUUGGUCGCCAGGCUGGUUGUGACGACGACGAUGAUUAUGACGACGGGGCAUCAGGAUAUGAUGCUUACUGGAAGAAUUUGGCAGCUGGAGGAGGAGGCCAGGACAGCUACAGAGAAGAUGAUGACUACGAGGAAGAUGAGGACGAGGAGGACGAAGAAGAUGAGGAUGAAGAAGAUGAAGAUGAAGAAGAGGAGGAAGAAGAAGAUGGGCCGUCUGAGAAGUUGGCUGAACUCAAAAUAGAGGGCUCUGCUGCCUAAACUAAAAUGGAGAGUGAGGCACAGAGUUCAGUUGUUGGUCCUCAUUUGGAUGACUGCUCGGGGAGUAUUCAUGAUGGUUAUUUUGAUAUUCUUACAAACAUGGGAGUUAUCACAAAUAAAGUAACAAGCUUUUAAAAUAAGUGAAUAAAAAUAGUGAAUCUGA